AUGGAUGAGACUUUACAUCAGAGGUGGAGAAGGGAAUUUUUUAGGGCAGGUGGAGGUGGAGAUGGAGGUGGAGAUAGAGGUGAAGACAUAGAAAUGGGUGAAAAUCCAGAUCCCAAGUUCUUUCCCUUUGCCUCAGAGAUGGAUUGGAGGGUAGCCUGCUGGGCAAUUGAAGAUGAUGCAAGUAGAGAUUCAAGGAUAUACCAUGAGAUGUGGACAAGGAAAUGGUGGCAUGCUAUCCAGGCUCAUCUACUAUCUAGGGUAGCCUUGGUGCCUGUUAUCAUUGCAACAGACAAAACCCAGCUCACGCAAUUCUUCAACUCUAAAUCAGCUUAUCCUGUAAUCUCAUGUUGGGAAACAUACCCAGAGCCAUAA